AAUGAGUGGAGGGCAGACUGCUAUAUAUUGCAGGCCAGAUAGUCUGGGCGCCACACUUACCACUGAAUUAUUCCGCUGCUGUUGCUGCUGCUGUGCUUCAGAAUAAGUUGGUGAGACAUGAAGGUAACACUGGUGGCACUGACGGUGGUGGGGAUGACGCUGCUGGUGGGAGGCGGCCGCUGCGUGAGUGACUACGUGACUGCCAAAGAGAUGGACAUGCUGAUGGGCGACUUUCGCAUUGGAACUGAAAUGGCGAACCCGGUUAUGUCCUAUGCUGAGGGCUUGAGGCACUGUACCUGCAUGGUGCGCAACACAGGAGGCAACACGGAUGAACAAAAGUGCCAGUGUAUCAGAGACAUGAAGGAAUGCGACGAUAACAACAAAGUAGACAGCUCCAUGACCUUUGAAGAAACUAGGGAGACACUUUUUCGAUGGGCGAACUGCUUGGGUCCCAAGAAGAUACGUGUAGCCUACCGGUGCAGAGAAGAGAUGAUACAGAACCCGUACCAAAUGAUGUGCAAGGACUGGACUAUGAACUGUGAAUAGAUUGAGUAUGAUCACAUUUACCAAGACGACUCGACCAGGACCAGCUUGCAGGAUCUGUGUAACUCAUAGCAGCACGCACACACGAGCACACGUCCCCCGUGGCCAUAGACACGUUAUAUAAUAUUUGUUUUAUCCAAUAAAUGUCUCAGCAUCA